UAUGUUUAAAAACUAGUAAGCUGCUUAGCAACAUUUGCGUUCAUAAAAAUGGCUGAUGUUUUAACAUCAAUAAGCUAAACAAGCACAUUUCACAUUUUUAAUUAUUUUUUUGUCGUUAAAUUAUCGAGACAAAAGGUCGUUUCCCACUUAUCUGUAAACGGAAUGUCAAUGAAUGAACGAGUCAUCAUCAUGUCAUUCAUAGAGUGGAGAGUCUAGUAAUUAUACAGAAUCAAGUGACUGUGAUAGUAAUUUUAAUCAUUUUAAUGAUUUCUGAACAUAAAAUUGUUACUUUUAUCUACAAUUAAGUCUAGAUCAGUAUAUAGAUUCUCUAGCGGAUCUAUCUGCACAAAAUGGCCAGUAAGAAUAUAGGUUGGACCAAUUUAUUUCCAUGUGCUGUGGGGGUGCAUAUUCCAAAAAUUGGAACAGAAUCCUUUAACAAAGAUAAAGAUGUUUUAGGCAACAAUCAGUUGGAGUUAAUACCGCCUGUGACUAUUUUCCCACAAGACAUGAACCCUGUCAACAAAAAGUAUGUAAAUAUGUUAAGCUCAGAUAUUAAAUUUUCUCAAGAUGUUGUUGAAGACAGGUGUCUUUUUAUGAUGCCGUACAGCAACAAAUAUUUUGAAGACAUUUUUAAGCCUGGUGAUGUUAUAUCUAGAAGACCUAUAAGUAGAAGUCGAAACAACCAACAUUUCUCUACUACAACAUCAAAACAGAACUCAAUGCUACAAAUACUUCCUCCACUACACAAAGAUGUUAAAGAUAAAGCUACUCAAAUGCAUAAAAAAGCAUUGAUAUCAGCACAAAACUCAAAGAACUCUAAAUUAAGUGACGAGCCUUCCACUGAUAAUGAAUCUUUCUUUAUAACUGCAUGUUCAGAUCAACAACUAAAUAAAAGAUCACAAAAUUGUAAAAAAGUGUUGCAAAGCAGUGACUGGCAGGACUCAUUAAACACAAACAAAGACCAACCAGAAAAACACUGUAAUCCAGAUAAACUCAAUUCUAGCCAAUCAUUGGUUUCAGAAAAAAAAUCCAAACAACACAAGGAAGAUUGGGAUGACUAUCUGUUAACUGGAUUGAGUGAGUUGACAGCUAACUGGAUAGUCCACACACGUUUACCACCAGACAGACAGAAAGAAAAACUGUCCAGUCUUCUUGAAUCUUGGUAUGGACCACCAACCCACACUGACUUGGUACGUGAGGAACUUAGUGAUGGAGAGGAAGAAACGGAUCAAAUGGAAAAGCCCAAAAGAAAAUGGAUCAAGCCAGAAGCUUUAUUACUAUCAGCAGUGGACAUUGCAAGCAAAAAUGAAGCAUCGGAUCCUUACUCUGAUGAGAACCAAGCACCUUUUUAUAGACAGCCUUGGGGAAUAAGAAAUAAAAAAAAAGCUGAAAUCAAAGAAGAGGCUGGUUUAAUUAAUUCAACUGCACAGAUUGUCACACAAGAGCUUCAGGAACCCAAACCCAUUAGAUUACAAGAUCUACUUAGCCCUCGUGUUGGAGAUAAAGUUUAUAUAACUGACAAUGAAUUUCAACAAGAGUGGCUCACUGGAAACAAGCAAGUUUUUAAUCCCAGAGGUGAUCCCAAUGUAAUAGUUAUGGAAACUGAUCACAAGUUUCUUAAGCAUUUGCAGCAAGAGGUUCCGGCACCACCUGAAUCUUGGUUUCCGUCAAGUCAGAAGAAUGUCAUAGAAAAAUCUAUCAACCUGCCUUCCAUUGGUCAUAGAAAAUGGACUGCGCUUCCUGAAAUCAUUGAUGAAUCUGCUGGUAUAUUAAUAGAUCCACACAAAGUUGUUGAACAGAAACCUGUAGUUUCAUUGAUACCUGAAGAUAAGCUGAACUUAAAAGAAAAUAAUUCACUUUUGACUAUAGCUAAUGCGUGGCGUAGUCAAUGGUUUCUUAGCAGUCAGUAUGCUGAUAGUACACCAGAUGACCUGAUCCGAGAUAUGAUGGAUAUACAACCACAUGUGCGCAUCAAGGCCAUUAGCACAUUGGCCAAGGCUGCAGAAUAUAUGUCACAAAACAAAAAUAGAGAUGACCCAAAUGAUGACUUCAAUUUUGACCUGCCUGAAAAACUCUUUGUAGCUUUAGAAUGUCUGCUAGAAGAUACUCAUGACCAAGUGAGAAAGGCAGCAGCGAUAGCGCUUUUCUCAUUUAACAAACCUACAGAUAAAUCAAAAGAGAGACUUCAGCAAAUGUUAAUUAGUGAAGCUCCUGUUGACCGCUGGGCCGCAGCUCAGUGUCUAGCUCAUUAUGGUGAGACAGAUUCAGAUGUUGUUGCAGAGAUUCUUAAACAAAUAAUGACAACUGAGGACCAGCACAAAUUUGAGCAAGGAGCACAUUUACUUGCAAAGUUGAGCAAUCAUACUACACUUGUGCAUUGCAUGGUGGCAGAACAGCUUAACAGUAACAGUUGGCGACACAAAGUUAUGGCUUGUAAAUUACUGCCAACAUUAUUUGGUACAAUUAAUCGAGAUAUCAGUCAGAAGCUGUCUGAGCUCAUGUGGCACGAUUGGCAUGAUGAAGUUCGUAAAGCAGCAGCUCAAUGUCUAGGAAAGGCUGGCCAUGGCAGAGAUGUGCAUGACAACAUACGUCAUCAGUUGACGACAGGCUCGGAAAGAACCAAAGUUGAAGCUCUCAACAAAAUAGGGCAAUUGGGUCUAAUGACAGGCAAACUGCUUCCAGCUUUUCUAGAAUGUUUUGCUGAACCAUAUGUCUCUAUCAGAAUUGAGGUUUGCAGAACUUGUGCAAAUCUUAAAAUAAAAGAAGAGCAAAUUCUUAAUAGGCUUAUUCAUCUGGCUUCUUUUGAUCCUAUUUGGCAAGUAAAAGCCUUUGCAAUGCAAGCUUUAGGAAAAAUAGGAGAACUGAAUGAAGAUAUAAAAGAGACAUUACUUUGGGCACUGAGAUAUGAAGAUCAGGCAGGAGUCAGAGCAGAGGCUUGCCAUUCCCUCAUGUUGCUUGAUGCCAGGAAUGAAGAAGUCAUUUUGGCAUUGCAAGAGCGAUUGUUAGUAGAGUCCAAUGAAAUGGUUAGAGAGGAAAUGAAGACGGCACUAACAAAGUUUGGUGUCAGCAUAUCUGAAGAUAUGGAUACAGUGAAACAGAUCAAAGCUGAGAUUGUGAAACUCUGCACUAGAAAUGUCAUAGCCUCGCAGAUUCUCAUCAAUGAAGAAGAUGAAAGCAAGCAAGAGCAUCUGGCACAAAUGGUUUGUCAAACAGAGGUGGACAAAGAGAUUCUAAAUGCAAAGAGAGAUAACAAGCUUAGAUUGAUCAGAUCCAGAGUGCAGGGAUCACCUCCCUCGUCUCAUCCAGCAACACCUAGACUACGCGUCUGGACAGCAGAGGGAUGCACCAGUCCUGAUCAUUUCAGUCAAACUGCCAUGACACCAUCAGCUGAUAAAGAACUCGAGGCUUUGUUUGGUCUCGAUGGAGCUGAGUCAAAUGCAACCAGCAAAUCACGACCAGUGACCAGGGAUUCAGAGAAGUCAAUGGUAGAGAGUGAGGAUAGCUUAUCCGUAGAUCAUAUUCAAGGUAACUCGAGGUAUGAAAGCAGAGCAUCAAACUCAGAAGAAAGCUCUUCCUUUAAACGAAACCCCAGUCAACUGAAGAAGUUAAUCUCCAAUCAAGAAGGAGGGACGCAGUCAGCCAAUAACAAGGACCUUUCAAGACUGUCACACUCUGGGUACUUUGAAAGAAAGUCUAUAUUAAGCAGGGAAGCUCAGAAAGAAAGACAACUCCUUGACCAAGAAGUGGACAUUGUUUAUUCUGAUUUGGAAAACCGUUACAUGGAAAUGAUCGCUGAGUUACUUGAGGCAGACAGAGGUCUCGACACAUUGCCAGCAGAAGAAUAUAAGAGUUUACUGCAACAAAUCAUUCUAUUAAACGAGGCUGAAAAAAAUCUUGAAUUACUUCCAGGAAAAGAAACAGAGUUAGCACCACUGCAAGAAGAGUUAGCCAGUGUAGAGAAAGAAUUAAAAUCCAAAGGGGACAAAUUAAAUGAUGGAGAAAAGGAAAAAAGUCAAUGCUUAGAUUUGAAGCCAGACUGUGAUGAAGUAAUCAACCCUAUGUUAGACAGCAAAGAGUUUGUUUAUAAAGAAAUGAUAUUAACCAGUGAUGAAGGAAAUAACAUCCAAGAUCAACAAUCAUUACAAAAAGUUGAAGUACUUCUUAACCAGUUGCAUGAUAAGGAAGAUAUUGUUGGAGAAACCUCAUUAUUGAAUACACCAUAUUCUGAUGGAGCUAAUGAUCCUAUGUUAGACAGCGAAGAGUUAGUAUGUAAAGAAAGGAUAUUAACCAAUGAUGAAGGAAAUAACAUCCAAGAUCAACAAUCAUUACCAAAUGAUGACGUCCUUCUUAACCAGUUGCAUGAUGAGAAAGUUUUUGUUGAAGAAACCCCAUUAAUAAAUACAUCAUAUUCUGCUAUUGCUGAAGAUGGAGAGGUCAUUGUUGCUAGUGAUCAGAAAAUAUAAAUUGAAGUAAACCAUCUGAAUUGGGUCAAAGAGUAAUUAGGACACCUGAUGAGUGCAAUAGUUAUUACAAUAAAAGUUCAUAAUGGAAAUGAUAAAUAGAAACAAAGGCAAAUUUAUAGCCAAUGGUUCUCAAUAGUUACAUAUAGUAAAUUUUAAGUAAUGAAAUAUUUAAGCAAUUUUGCUUCUUCCAUCUAAGUUGAACCAAAUCAUGUCUAUAGUUAUCAUGUAUUACAAAUAAGUGACCAUAUCAAUUGCAAACUUGUAUACCUUUAUAAGUGAAAGUAAGCAUAUGUAUCUAUGGUUUUGAUCUGUGAUAUUGUUACUAUUUUUUGUGUGUUUAUAUAUAUUGUUUAUAAAUGCAAUAUAUAGAAAAUAAAUUAAUCGGUGAAACUAUCAGUGAUAUACACUUAUUAUAUAUAUCUUAAAAGUUAAUAAUUAUAACAAAUGAUAAAUCAGGCAAUGCGAGAGUUAUAUCAAGUCAAGUUGACUUAUAAAGUUGACUUUACUUUAAUGCUGCUUGGUUUUGUACAUUGUGUAUCAUGUUAUCUUGUUAGUAAAAUUGAGUUUGUACAAAUUUUAUUACUAGGUUAACAAUUUUUGUAUGAUUAAUUUUUAUUUUGUGUAUUAGGCUAACUUGUUGGUAAGAAUAGAUUAUUAUUUCCGUUGCCAAAAAUUAUAUCAGGUUUCCAUUUUAUUGUUAUUUGUGAAAUGAUUUUAUCUCAACAGUAAAAUACUUUCUGUUAACACUUAAA